CCCCAAAUGGCUGAAUCUUUACCAAAGCGUCGCCGUACUAUUGGUAGAGAAAAGGCACUAAAUUAAACGUAGUCGGAUUUCCUCAAGUAGUACUCCCUAUAAUUCCCCUAUCCGAAAUUAGGGCUUAAACCCCCAAUUUCAAUCCCAAUUCCAAUUCCAAUUCCAUUGUGUUACUCAACUGGGUCUAUGAGAAACCAUUAAAUUUUAAGCUUUUAGCUUUUUUUCGCCUGUUGAUCUAAUACCCAAAGACAUUUGUUUUUGCUUGGAAUGAAUUGAGGCUGCUUUAUACUGGUUUUGGUAGAAUUACACGGCGGUCAUGGAGGGGACUAAAUUAAUAGCUAUUUGCCAAUUGGGAGGCGAAUUUGGGACGGAUAAGGAUGGUUCAUUAUCCUAUAGAGGCGGUGAUGCACAUGCUAUAGACAUCGAUGAUCAAAUGACGUUUAAUGACUUCCAGACGGAAGUUGCUGAAAUGUUUAAUUGUAGCAUUAAUGUUAUGUCUCUUAAGUACUUUCUCCCGGGUAAUAGAAAGACGCUCAUUACCAUAUCGAAUGACAAAGACUUAAAGCGGAUGAUAAAGUUUCAUGGGGAUUCUGUCACCACCGACAUUUAUGUAAUAAUGGAAGAUAUUAUGUUGCCUGAUGCGUCGAACUUGCCUGCCAGUAGAUCGAGCAGAACAACGUUGUCGGAAGCAGUGCCUCCUGUUGAUGCGCCUUUGGCUAUUGUGGACGAUUCCAUGCAGUCUGCAAUCCAGCUUGCUGGACCUCUCGAUGUUGUAGUUGAUACUAAUCAUGUUGACAUCAAUAUUGAUGAUGUACAGAUUGAUGAACCACUUGACAUUUCGCCAAUUUUUCCUCUUGUGGGUUCCAGUGACGAGGGGCAUGCAAAAGGUGCACAGCAAUGGCAGAAUACAAUUACUGGGGUUGGUCAGAGGUUCAGCAGUGUUCAUGAAUUUCGCGAAUCAUUGCGUAAAUAUGCCAUUGCACAUCAGUUUGCUUUUCGGUAUAAGAAAAAUGAUAGCCACCGCGUGACUGUAAAAUGUAAAGCAGAAGGUUGUCCUUGGAGAAUUCAUGCAUCGAGGUUAUCAACUACUCAACUAAUCUGUAUUAAGAAGAUGAAUCCAGCACAUACAUGUGAAGGGUCGGUAUUGACUACGGGGCAUCAGGCAACUCGAAGCUGGGUGGCCAGCAUCAUUAAGGAAAAAUUGAAAAUUUUCCCAAAUUACAAGCCUAAGGAUAUCGUCAAUGACAUCAAACAAGAGUAUGGAAUUCAACUAAAUUAUUUUCAGGCAUGGCGUGGGAAAGAAAUUGCAAAGGAGCAGCUUCAAGGUUCAUACAAAGAAGCAUAUAAUCAGCUACCCUUGUUCUGUGAAAAGAUAAGGGAGUCGAAUCCCGGCAGUCAUGCUACUUUCACCACUAAGGAAGACUCCAGUUUUCAACGUCUAUUUGUCGCAUUCCAUGCUUCAUUAUAUGGUUUCCUUCAAGGUUGCAGGCCGCUCCUGUUUCUUGACAGCGUACCUUUGAAGUCAAAAUAUCAAGGCAUGUUAUUAGCUGCGACAGCUGCAGAUGGGAACGAUGGUGUAUUUCCGGUAGCUUUCGCUGUAGUGGACGCAGAGAGUGACGAUAAUUGGUAUUGGUUUUUACUACAAUUAAGAACUGCUCUGUCAACAUCUUGCCCGAUAACAUUUGUGUCGGACAGACAAAAAGGUUUAAAGCAGUCGAUUGCUGAUAUAUUUAAGGAUGCAUACCACGGGUAUUGUCUCCGCUACUUGACUGAGCAACUUAUUCGAGACUUGAAAGGGCAGUUUUCUCAUGAAGUGAAGCGGCUCAUGGUUGAGGAUUUUUAUUCAGCCGCUUAUGCACCCAGGCCUGAAAUCUUUCAAAGGUGCAUCGAAAGCAUCAAAAGCAUAUCCGCAGAUGCUUACAACUGGAUCAUACAAAACGAGCCGCAAAAUUGGGCCAAUGCAUUUUUCAAGGGUGCAAGAUAUAACCAUUUAACGUCCAAUUUCGGCGAGAUGUUCUAUAGUUGGGCGUCAGAAGCUCAUGAGCUACCAAUAACACAGAUGGUUGAUGCCAUUCGGGGUAAGAUUAUGGAGUUAAUUUAUACUCAGCGUGCAGAAUCCGACCUAUGGAUGACAAGGUUAACUCCUUCCAUGGAAGAAAAACUCGAAAAGGAGAUUUUAAAAUCUGGUUCCCUUCAAGUGCUAUUGUCAGCCGGCAGCACAUUUGAAGUUCGAGGCGAAUCAGUUGAGAUACUGGAUAUCGAUGCUUGGGACUGUAGUUGUACAGGGUGGCAGCUUACUGGUUUGCCUUGCUUCCAUGCCAUAGCUGUCAUCAGUUGUAUCCAGAGGAACACAUACGAAUUUUGUUCAAGAUAUUUCACAAUUGAGAGUUACAGAUUAACUUAUUCUGAGUCGGUUCAUCCGAUACCAAAUGUUGACUGGCCGCCUGUCGAGAAGGAUUCUUCUCAGGUUACAGUGACUGUAAGUCCCCCUCCAACUCGUCGUCCACCAGGGCGGCCAACAACAAAGAGAACAGGACCACAGGAUGUAGUUAAACGUCAGCUCCAGUGCAGUAGAUGCAAAGGACUGGGCCACAACAAAUCGACUUGCAAAGAGUGUUAGAAGCAGUGUUUUAAAAAUCGAACGGGUGGCCGAAAAGGUGCAGCCACCGGUUUCUGGUUCAACCGGCUGAGUCAAAUCGUUAAAAAAGAAGAAGAAAUUGAACCUAGCUUGUAUGGUUCAUGGCCCAACCGCCGGUUCUUCUGAUCAAAUCCAGUUGGACCGGAUUGCCUGUCUUUUGGGUUAAUUGGACGGGACAGCUUGUGGUUUCUGGUUUAACCGGCCAGUCCGGUCCAGUUAUUUAAUCUGUGGUUAGAAGAAAUUUUGUAAAAUGUUAGGCGCCGUAAGUGCUAAGUUAUUUGCACGUAAUAUUCUCGAUAUAGGCCGUGCAAUGUUCUCGAUAUAGGUGGGGGUUCAUUUACGAGACUUCCGGAUUUGAAUAAUACGUUUCGACCAUUAGAUUACGCCUGUGAGACUGACAGUGCCUGUUUCUUGCAAUGCCCUGUAACAAUAAUGUAAUGGAAGCAUGGUUUUUUGAUGUUA